CUUUAUUUUGGAUCCGACCCGACGGACCCAAGAUGACCCGGUACUUGAUUGGAUGAUAAUUUUCCGAAUUCUCUUAACGUAGAUCCCCGUCGUGAACCAAAACCUGUCGAGUUUUUACAUUAAUGGAUUGUUUCUGUGCAAGAGCUCUUUUCUUCUCUGUGAUUUCUGGAUAGAUUCUAGGGUUUAUAUUUGGGUCUCUUUGAAACCCGGGAGCUUGCUAAUUAAUCAGACGACUACUUCGCUUCGCUUUCUCUUUGGGUGUUUUUUGUUGUGGGUUUUCCUGAUUUAGGGUUAGGAUCAAUUUCUGUAUUUUUCUUCCAAGAAAAAUAAAGAUGUACGCUGAUAGAUUGGAAUCUGAGUCGGGAAGGAGGAAAAUGAUAAAGGAUCGUAUCAAUGGCGGUUCUGGCGAUAUCUCUACUCGCGUGCGACAAGUGACUGGGAAGAGGCAAAGGCAGGACGACAAAUGGGAGCAUGAUCUUUUCGAUGAUGACAAACCUCAACUUUCAAAUCGCAGAGUUGAUCCUAAAGAUCUUCGCCUGAAACUCCAGAAGAGACAUCAUGGCUCUCAAAGUGGGCGAGAAGCUGGUUCAGGCGUGCGGGAUUUACGAGAAAAGCUCUCUGGGACAAUGAAUCCGCAACCGAAAAACAGUGACCCGCCAAAAUCUAAAGUGGAGGCUGCUAGACCAAGUAUGAAGAGCGUAGCGACUGAAACUGCAACAGAGACUAGAAAAACUUCCAAUCCAGCUACCAGGAAGAAAUCACAGCAGGCUGGUGCAUCGGUUGAUAGCUUUCUGGAAUCAUUGGGUCUCGAGAAAUAUUCGACUGCUUUUCAAGUAGAAGAAGUUGAUAUGGAUGCUCUCAUGCAUAUGACAGAUGAUGACCUCAAGGCUAUGCUCAUACCAAUGGGCCCGAGGAAGAAGAUACUUCUUGCUUUGGGAUCUAAACGCGAAUAGUUUAGUGUCUUUUUCAUGAUGGCUUCAUGAACGGCCUCCGGAAGUCGUUACAUUAAGAUGUUGUCGAAAUGACUCCGGAUUUGGCUUACUUUUUCUCGUAUUUUUUUGUUACUAUAUCUGCCCAUUUCAAGAGCUUAGAGUUUUGGGGGUCGACAUCUGUAAUCUUAAACAUAGUGAGACAAACACUGCCGUUUGCACCACUUUUUAUGUGAGUUUAGACCACAAUGAAGAUGCUUAAGGAAACUAAAUAAUUAA